AAAAAUUGAGAAAAAAAAUUUGAAGAAGAAAUUUUGAGAAAAAAAUUUUCCACAAAAAAAUAAAUUUUGAAUCCAAAAACAAAAUUUUGUGUUAAAAAUAAUUUUUUAAAAAAUAAAAAAUUUCAAAACACAAAUUUUUUCAAAAAAUAAAAAAAAUUCAAAAACGAAUACUUUGUGCAGUGUACGAAAUGGCGCACACGCGCAGUCAACAAAAAGUUAAAUUUUGCAAAAAUUACACAUAAGUAAACGCAUUGAAAAAUUCCAAAAAUUUUCAAAAAGAAUUUUCCAACACAAACAACAGCUGUGCACGCCAAUAUAGCGGCACUUGCAGCUCCAGCAAAAACACACAGCGUGGAUUAGUGUUUUGCUGGCAGUGACUAUGACUACAACAUACCAAACCCAGUGAAAAGAGAAAGAAAGUUAAAGCUAAUAAAAAAAACUUAAACUUUUUGCCCAAAACGAACACACACAACCGUUAAAAUGCCGAAAAUUUUUCUCAUCAAGAAUCGGCUGCACCAGCAGCAACAACGCCUGCUGGAAUCACAGAAUCUGUUGCAGGACAAAAACGAAGAUGAUCGCCUCGUGCCACCGUUGAGUCCUUCACCACCGGUGGGCAACGGCAAGCCGAACACAUCGUCCAUUGCCACACGUUCAUACACGCCGCCAGCACGGCACCAACUCGGUCUACAUGGUAGCUAUAGAGCGCACACAACGCCCUCGCCGCCAGCACUCGUACCGGCACCGGUGCAGCCGCCCAAGACGCCCGAGCCGCUGGGCAAAGCUGAGGUAGCCACUGCCUUGCUGGUGGACAAGCGCAGCACAUCGCCCACAACAGCAACGGCAACAACAGUGUCGGCAGUUAUUGAGGAUACGCAGACAGCCAAUGUGACAAGUGAGGAACCAGUGAAUCUCCUGGUGAAGCCGACCACAACAACAACAGAAACAGCAGAAACAACUGCGCCAAAUACACCACCGCUUUCGCGCAAGCGCUUCCAUCAUCGCCGUUACUAUUUCGGCCAACAACAAUUACAACUACAACAACAGCAGGAGAAGAAAUUACAUAAUGUUGAUAAAGAUGCUGACGCUGCUGAAGUUGGCGGUACUGCAAUUGCACAGAACGAACGUUUAUCACCAGCAGUUACAACUUUGGCAGCUGAAGCAACAGCCACCGAAACUACUACAUCCCCACUACCACACACAUCGAUCACAUCUCCCCAACCACAAUCACCUCCACACAAGACUCCCUCGCCGUGCAGUCCGCUUGGCCAGGACAGUUUUGGUAAAGAAACGGAAGACUGUAAAGAGGAUUCGCAGGCGGAUUCUUACAUUCAAGCACCAAAAACUGAAAAAAUCCCAAACUCCAAAUCGUCUAUUGAAACCGCAAAUCAAACUGAAGAAAUUGUGCACACUGAUAAACCACGAUUCUACUCUUCGAUUUUAGGUGGCAAUAAACCCUACAGUGGUGUUGUAUUAACACAAGCACAACGUAAAGAAUACCCGGUUGAGGAGGUAAGUCGACGACUAACAGCAACUCCUAUCGAAGAUAGCUCCAGUGAUUCUGAUUCGGAUGCGGAAGGCUCCAAACUUAUUGUUGAUGAAAAACCAUUGGUUCCUGAAGAUAAACCACUUUCACUACGCUUGCGUAGCACUCCGCCACCAUUAGAGAAGCGUCCUAGUCCACCUCCGCCACCAGAACCAGCAGUACGGUGCAGUGUUAUACAACGAACACCGAAACCAGCGCCAACACCACCACAUCGUCCAAAUCAACACGAGGUUUUACUGCCACCUGGUUCUCUUGAACAUCUUGGACCCGAACAACAAGAGCCAAUUGACUAUCACGUGCCGAAACGGCGUUCGGCUUCAAUCGAUAGUGACGAAGAGCAAACUGAUUCGUUGAACACAAAACGUUUAGAACGUGAACGAAAAUUGCGAGAAGCUCGUAGACGUAGCGCAAUAUUAGCAGCACGUGCAGUGCUUGCUCAAGCGAGACUUAACCCACGUCUGGUACGUAGUCUACCCGGUAUCUUAGCUGCAGCAGCUGGACACGGACGUACAUCGUCUACAGGAGCCGGCCAAGGUUUCCAAGGCUCUAGUGGCUUCGGUGGAAAUAAUUCAGGCAGCGGCAACAAUCAAAGCCCAAGCGGAGGUGCAGGUUCACCUACAGGCUUUGGUGGUGCGCUAGGCGGCAGCGGUGGUGCUGGAGGUGGUAUGGGCGGCGGUCGUGACGGUCGCAGUAAUUACGGUCCAAAUUCACCACCAUCUGGUGCUCUUCCUCCAUUCUACGAGAGUUUAAAAAGUGGCAACACAAUGAAUUCAUCGUCUUCAUCAUCGGCGAAUUUUAAUGGAAAUUCAAAUUUCCUAAUACAAAAUGCAGCGGCAGCUGCUUAUUUAAUGUCCGCGGCAGGUGGAAACGGCGGCGGUCAGCAACAUUCAAAUAGCUAUUUAGACUGCAGUUCGACGAAUGGAAACAGUGCAGGAGGUGUGGGUAGUGGUGUGAACGAUAGUGGUAGCGGUGGCUUGGAGAUCACCACAUUUGCCAAUGGCCAGGGUAACACAAAUUAUUCUGCGCAUGCGCAUAAUAACAAAUAUAAUAAUAACUCUUCUUCCUCUGCUCAACAUCAUCAUCACCAUCAUGGACAUCCACAUUAUGGUAACAACCCAUCAGCGUAUGGCAUUAUACUGAAGGAUGAGCCGGAUAUUGAGUAUGACGAAGCCAAAAUUGACAUCGGUGCUUUCGCGCAGAACAUUAUCCAGGCAACUAUGGGGAAUUCGGGAAAUUUCAAUGCUGCAGCCUAUGAAGACGCAAUCAUGUCGGAUUUGGCCAAUUCGCAAGGUCCCAACGGCUCUGUAGAUCCAUUACAAUUCACCGCCACACUUAUGCUGAGCUCACAGACAGAUCAUUUGCUGGAACAACUUUCGGAUGCUGUCGAUCUCAGCUCUUUUCUGCAACGUGAAUGUGUGGACGAUGAGAAUUCCACCAGUCCGCGGCAGGAUUUCGAGCUGGUUUCGACGCCAUCGCUCACGCCCGACUCCGUGUCCAUAACGCCUGUGGACACCAACAAUGGAGGCAAUCUCGAUACAUUCCACGAGAGCCUUAUACAACAAAUAACCAACAACAUUUCGCGUAAUCACAUUGGCAGCAAUCAAAAUGGGAACAUGCAAUCAUAUCCAUUCGAGCGUCAGCAACAUCUGAACGGCAACCAGCAACAUCUGAACAACGAGCAGCAUAAUGUGAAUCAUCAACAACAACAACCACCACCAUCCUACCAACAUGCGACACGUGAUUUGCUGCAAAUGCAGCAACAGCAACAACAACAUCAUGCACAAACACAUUCGUAUCACCAACAGCAGCAACAUCAUUCCAAUUCCAUGUUGCAACACGGUGGUCCAAUGUUGUUGGCCCAGCAACCACAACAACAUGCUUACCAGCAACACGGUCAUCCAUACGGUCCAGCGCAGCAUCAUCACCAGCAACCGCAUCACAUUGUGCCGCCUCACCAUAUGCAACAUCACCAUCAUCACAGCAGCGAUAACAGUAAUUUGUCGCUGCCCUCACCGAAUGCGGCACAUCUGUCGGCGCAUCACGGCAUGUCGUCGGCAGCGAGCAACUCGUCGGGCGCCUCCACUUCCGGUCUGCUAGACGCCAGUACGGCCAUGCUCGACACCAAGCCGCUGAUACAAAGCGUAAGUCCCACUCACUCGACCGGCAGUUCCAAUGCAAGUUCUUGCGCUAUGGGUACUAGAAAAUUGAGCACAAGCUCCUCUUGCGCGUCCGCAACGAUGGUGGCGCCAGCGUCACUGCGUAAUGUGGCUGCCGCAGCGGCAGCUACAGCCGCUGGCAUACUGCCACCAUCGCCCACUGUCGCCAUGCUGCACGAAAGCAAAGUGCUACAGCAGAGGUUGGGUCUACCGCCCGAGGUGCAGCUGGAAUUCGUCAACGGCGGUCAUGGCAUUAAGAAUCCACUCGCCGUGGAGAACACACACUCGGGUCACCAUCGCAUACGCAGCAUCGAUUGCGUGGACGAUUUGAAGAAGAGCGGCAAUAUCAGCACUGAUGGUUCGGAAAGUGGCGGCGGCUGUGCCGGCGACGGUUCCAAAUUCGUCUGUCGCAUUUGCCUGAAAUCGUUCUCGCUGCAACGACUGCUGAAUCGGCACAUGAAGUGUCACUCGGAAAUCAAACGCUAUCUGUGCACCUUCUGCGGCAAGGGCUUCAACGACACCUUCGAUCUGAAGCGUCACACGCGCACGCACACCGGCGUGCGUCCGUACAAGUGCAACUUGUGCGAGAAGAGCUUCACUCAACGCUGCUCGCUGGAGUCGCACUGCCUCAAGGUGCACAGCGUGCAGCAUCAGUACGCCUACAAGGAGCGACGCGCUAAGAUGUACGUUUGUGAGGAGUGCGGCCACACGACUUGCGAGCCCGAAGUGCACUACAUCCACUUGAAAGAGAAUCAUCCCUACUCACCCGCUUUGCUGAAGUUCUACGACAAGCGUCACUUCAAGUUCACAAACUCGCAAUUCGCCAACAACUUGCUGGGUCAACUGCCAAUGCCGGUGCAUAAUUAAAAGUGUCGUGUGCUGCCAAGUGGCUGCAUACACACACACACACUUAUUUAUAACGUAGUUAGUUCAAUUGACACAUUUGAGUUUUCGAAAAACUGCCCAUAAACGGAGAUUAUUAUAUAUUCUGCUUACCUUUUACCACUUGUACUAUAUAACAUUAUUGAAAGCGCGUAUUUCAUUUAAGUUCUUUUGGCUAAAAAAUUUU